AUGGACUUGGUUACAACUCCAUACGAACAAGACGAUGAUAAUAAGCAUGACAUACCCACGAUCCAGACGCAAUAUAUCAAAUUUGAGACACCCAUGAAGAUUCAUUCAAACAAAUCACUUACACGACAAGACACGUUUAAUAGUGAUAUCGAGUCCGGAUCAUUCGCGUCGGACGCUACACGACAGCGUCAUUAUGAUGGACAACAGGAUUGUCCAAAUGUAAUUACGACUGCUACUUCAGGAUUGAGCAGCAGUGGUGAGAUGAUUCAAGUGACACAUGAGCUCCAAGUUGGAUCCGAAACUAGUAGUAAAUUUGAAAAUGCGGAUGAAAUUCAAGUUGAUGCACAGGGACAGACACAAGAAAUGACAAAGGAUAUGGAAGACAGUGACAGUAAAGCUGGAGCUACGGAAUACACGAUGCAUAUGAGUUCGAUUGAUGUGAGAGACUCGGAGCUGCCGAAAUUGCCAGAGAGAUAUCUCAAUGGCCAGUUUCAGAGCAAUUCGUACUUUUCUAGAAAACUGCUUCGAUUGUCCCAGCUUAUUGUGCUCGGAGACCUCAUUGCUCUUGGUUUUUUUUACUUCUACGAACCAAAUGCGGAUGAUGUUGGACAUGGCAGGUUGAAUGUGGGCUCUCCAUUCAAGGUUUUAGUCUAUAGUGACGUCCACUGCUACUCCACUUCAUUGGCAUUGGCAGCCCUAGUGUAUCAUUUGUUCCCGGCGGUAUUUAUAUUGGGACUACCAGCUUCAGGUCUUCGAGUUUUUGAACCUUUUAGGAGAGAACAGCGGAUUGAUCGAGGUGGAAGACUGCAAAAAGUCAAGCGGACAGUUUGUUUACAAAUUUGUGAACUCGUGGGCGUUGGUAUUUUCUUGUAUGAGGCGCUGAUUCUCGGCUUUCUCGUCUACUACGUUGCGAGCGGGAAAAUUUUUGUUGACUGCGACUCCAAUAUCCCGGCUUAUUUGUUCUGCGGUUGUGCAACGAUCAUGUUCUGGCUGCUCUUUGUGCUCAUGCGCGCCUUUGCUCGAUUCCGGGAGCAUUUAAAAAUGCAAUUGGGUGCGUUCAAAGAAAGCGAUCAGACAGGUGAUGUUAAAGCGCACAUGUUGCGUUCCAAGUUGAAUUGCAGAAAGAUUCAGAAGCAAAAGAACGGCAAUAGAGCUGAGACAACGCCGCCGCCUGCUCGAUCGACCAUCGUUAACGACAUCCGAAAGAGGCUCUUUCGGGGCGCCCAGCUUGGUGAUCUUCGGCUUAUUCGUCGCUCCAUUCGUAUCGCAAGAUUACACCUGGGUGAAAGCUUUGCACGAGAACUAUAUCCUGAACCAGUCAUGGUGUUUGGUAUUUUUGGGCUUGCUAAGAAGAACCCCAUGCACGUGGCAGCAUACCAAGGUAAUAUCGCCGCCAUGAACCUGCUGUACAAGGCACAUUUCAAGAUCAAUGCUUUUGACAAAGUCUCGCGUGUGAGAUUUAGUACGGGUGAUCUGUUCUGGUACCUUGCGAGCUAUUUUAUUCCGAAACCCGUCGUUUCUGCUGGUGAGGCUUACAGCUCCGUGUUUAAGACAACGCUCGUUACACCACUGCAUUGUGCUGUGAGUACAGGCCGUUUGGCCGCUGUACGCUGGCUCAUUGCUCACGGAGCUGACGUCAACCUUUGUUCCAAGUCGUCAUACCGUUGCGAAGGCCGUUUGCCGCCUAUUUUCUUGGCUGACCACCCCGAGAUUGUGCAUGUGCUGCUAAGGGCUGGCGCAAAUCAUCUCGCAAUCCCUGAUCCUGGUCACAUGAACACUAUUACAGUCUUGCAACUCGCGUAUUUGCGAGGUAACUAUGCCGUUGCACAGGUAUUAGAGGACUGGGGUGGCGAUGUGGCACUAACACCGCUGCACGCUGCUGCUGCCAUGGAUGAUGUAGCGACGAUCCGAAGUUUUUUGCGUAAGAAGGUAAACCCAGACGUUUUAGGUGAGUUGGGAUACGUCGGACUCAAUAAGCGUACACCACUGCAUUGGGCAGCGAUAAAUGGUGCAGUAGGUGCUGUCGAGAUUCUGCUUGCUGCUAAGGCCAAUGCUAAUUUCCAGGAUGCGCAUGGACGAACAGCGCUACAUUGGGCUGCUCGAGUGAAUCGUAUUGAUAUUGUGAGGGUGCUCUUGGCACAUGGCGCAGACCCGACGAUUGUGGACGAUGGUGGCAUGACGCCCAUCAUGUGUGCGGCUUGUGCUGGUGGGACUACUGCGGACAUGUUUAAAGCAUUGGUUGCGAAAGGUGGUGAUAUCAAUCAUCAGCUUCGUUUGACAGGUGAUACGGCAUUGCACUUAGCUGUAAAACUGGACGACCAACAGACAGCGUUGGCAUUGAUGAGUGUGGGAGGUGAUAUCAUGUGCACGAACAACGACGGCUUCCGGCCUAUAGAUUGUACUACGUCCACGAAGCUACAGUUUGAGAUCAAGCGAGCGGCAGGUACUCGUGAUGUGAUGAUUAGUUAUACACACUCGCACAUGGAGUUUGCUCUGAAGCUCCGUAAGUCACUUGAGGAUGCAAACAUCACUGUGUGGCUUGAUCUCAUGGAUCCUAGUGGAAUCGGUGGUGGGUCAGUGUGGCGAGAGGAAAUUGCACGUGGUAUCACUAGUGCUGCGGUCGUGCUCUGUAUCCUAACAGAGGACUACGCGCAGUCUGAGUGGUGUUUAAAGGAGCUGGCAUUAGCCAAACAAGUGGGCACGCCCAUUAUGGCUAUUUCCACAGAGCAUGCAAAGAUUUCAGAGGAGUUUCAAGUAUAUCUGUACACACGACAGCUUGUGCCGUUUGAAAGCGCCAUUGUGAGUGUGGAGCAGGUUAAUGAAAAGAAAGUUCGAUACGAAUACGAUGAAAAUGCAUACAAGAGCCAGCUGCGUAUGUUGCUGGACGGCAUGCGUGACGAGAUUGAAAAACGGAAGGAGGACAAUAUCAAGCGCAACAUGCGUCGUGCGGAGACGAAUCCAAUGACAGGAUCAAGUCAUGGGAGCAGCGGCAUACGUGGCCGCCGCCUUAACCAUGGAGCAUUUGGUAUGAACCCUACCAACGCGUACGGCAUGGAUUCUAUGAAGUUUGAUGAGCGUACGCUGGCAUUGUCUGCGUUUGAAACCCCACAAUACUACGCCUAUGACUCGGGUAGCUCAUCAAUGAACGAAAGUGUUGAUGAUCCGGUGAGGCCCUUGGUUAUCGGCCAUAGCCGGGGUGUACCAGGAUCUGGUCGGUCAAUUGGUUCCAACGGUGUGUUUUCAGUCAGCCAACGCGGCAUGCGGCUCAACAACAACUACGAUCUCAACGGCGCAAAUCUGAGCAUUUUGAGCGGUACUAGCAGCUCCAACAGCUUUGUCGACGAUUGUGGGGUCUCUGAUAGUAUUAUUCUCGAUACGGGUGGGUACUAUUUUCACCAAACAGCCAACAAAGACAAGCACAAGCGCAGUGGACGCAGCAAUACCAUCUCUGAACGAGACUCGAACGAUGUUGAUGAACCAAGUACCAACGACAGUAUUGUGGAAAAUCUGCAAGAGCUUAAAACCGCAACAGCUAGUGGCGAACAAUUUGUGUUCAUCAGUCAUGGAGACUACCACCAGCGGUUUGUGCGCAAGCUGUGCGGUGAAAUGUGCCGUGAGGGGGGCCUCAGGUGCUACGUAGAUCGCAAGCACAUGGUGAAGCUGUCAACGGCUAUUGCAGAGGACAAGGAAGAGGAAGUUGAGAAGUCGGAACCGAAGCGCUUGAUGUUGUCAAGUGACGAGGAUAUGUCGUUGCGCAUCCACGAAGCAAAGGAAGCCAUUCUCAAAUGCUCGGCUUUUGUUGUUCUCAUAUCUGAGAAGACAUUAGCAAGUGAAAUAGUGAAGGAUCAGCUUGCGUUUGCAGAGGACAAAGGAAAGAUAAUUCUACCUGUGGUAGUGAACCGCAUGAACUUUGGUCUCGAUAUUAAGUACAGUCUCUCACGCAGCGAAUUUUUCCACUUCUUUACAAAGGGUGACAUGAUGGGCUUUCGUCAAUCGCUACAACACCUGCUGGACGCGUUGCGAGAAGAGGUAUAUGGCAUAAGUAUUCAAGGUCCAAUUACCAGUUUUGCCUCUGCAUGUCAACCUUCCAGCUUUAACUACGGUGGAAAACUUCCUAAGGUUAACUCUGGUGGUCAAGGUUUAAGCUAUGGUAGUGGCGGGUAUGGUAAUGGAAGCGAAGCACAAGUUCGGGGAGGGUUUGCGGAUUUAAAACUGAGUGACAGCCAUUUGUCAUCUAGUGAAUCGUACGCUCCAUCCUUGCAUAGCCUUAGCACCGAAGCUAGCAAUUGCAGGCGUCGUCCAACUUCCCAAAGUUUUUUUAUUCGCGAGUUCACGAAGCGAAACAUCCAACUUCGGGUUGCCUUCUACGCGACUCUCGCAGACUUUUGUGGAGUCAACCGGUGUGAAUCGUAG